UUUAUGUACUGACUCCACAGCUCUGCACCUACUAGUAAACCCAAAUAUGGGGGCAAAAUAUUGACCCAGACCUGUGUGUCCCACUCGUAUGCGUAUGGAGCCUGAGUGUUAAACUUCAAUGCAUGUACAUUACCCACUCCCAUGUAUAUCAUAAUCAUGAACACUAUACAGUUGUGUUUUAUUUUUUACUGUCAAAUUCUACCUUCUCUGAGUGAUGUAGAAAGGGUCCCCUUCCAGCUUGCACGUGUGUCACCAUUCCGUCACUUUUAUACAGCUGGUGACAUAUGCAAACAUAAGGUGUACUCCCCUGGUGGAUGCCUCAAAUACAUAUUGGAUGCAUUACAAGUGUAUGCUGAGAAAGUACACAAAAGUUCAGUUUAAGGGGUAAAAGGCUUUGGCACUGGCCUAGCCAAACGCCAGCAAUUAAUCCAAAUACAAAAAAACGCCAAUACCUUAGUAUGCUGCAAUAGGGGUGAUCCCAAUUUAUUCCAUGGUGCUACCAAACACUGCAGUUGCAAUCCAACGUUUCGGGAACACCUGUCCCUUCCUCAGUGAAGGAAAGUGCUGAGAAAGUACACCAUUCAAAUCCCUGUAACACUACAAAAGAGGCUCAGUGAUGAAGCCCCUGAACCCUGUCACAGGGAAGGUCUAGGUCUAUUUCUUAUGUCAAAGCCUUUAUCCCAGAAAAUUACCUAUACAGGGACCACUGUUUUUUUUCUGCAAUGCAGUUAAUGCAGAGAAGACAUAGUAUAACCAGACUGUGUGCAGGACAUUUUAGCAACAGUUUAUUUGCAAUUGUUAUGGAGCAAAUAUUAUGCCUUUAAAAAAGUGUAACUAAUAACUAUCUACCAGUACAGGGUGAGACAACCUUGUCCAUCAAAUAGAGAUUUUUAAAUGGCCAAAUGUAUCUUAUCUUUUAGAUCUCUCGGUGUUGUAUCUAUGCACUCUUGUUAUCUUAUAGAUCUCUAUGUUGCAGAAUACAGUGCAUUGGAAAUAAAGCAAUUUUGCAUAUCUGGCAUAGGGAAGUUGUACAAUAUGUGGAUGGAUUUGUUAUUACUUUUGCUCCUGAAAUUCAAACCCAUAUUUCCUAUCACAUACUUUAUUUCUGCUACUGAUAUUGGUCUGGGCUGCUGUGGUGUCAUGGCCGCCUUGUAUACACACAGAAAGCUGCCAUCUUGUGAAUGGCAGAAAAGUAACAGUUGGGUGCUACCACUACUGGUCAACUCAGAGCGGUUGAUUUUCUUAUGAGAGACGCAGUGCAUUUUGUUGCUCUUGCAAUUUUCGUGAGAUUUUAGUGCGAUUUUCGUGAGAUUUUGCCUUUCAGAGAGAUUUCUUGUGCUUUCUUUGAAUACCCCUUGCUGCGUAGAGGAAAGUGCUUUUAAGCAUAUUCUCUACUGCAAGCAUGGUGUCUGUAUCCAAGAAAAGACGAAGAGAAGAACAGAAGACUACAGAUGAAGAAAUGAUGACGAAGAAGAUCAAACUUGAGGAUAACAUCAGUAUUGCUGCAAAUGACCAUCAUGAGAAUACAGAAAGCAGCAGAAAGAGAUCAAGGAGCAGUGAUGACAGUGCCACUGUAGAAGAAGAAAGAAGCAGCCAGAAGCUACAGAGUAGUGAAGCUGAACGCUUGCCAGAACACAUUAUAACCAACUAUGCGUUCCACUGGAGUCUCGGCCGAGGCUCAUUUGGCAAAGUGUUUUUGGCUUCAUUACCAACGAAGAAAGAACAAGUGGCUGUAAAAGUCAUCAGGAAGACACGCAGAGAAGAUCUGAAGGGCAUGAUCAAGAAGGAGGCCAGAAUCCUGAAAGUUACUUCCGGCAGUCCAUUCUUGUGCCAUGGCUAUGCUGCCUUCCAAACCAAAGUAUGUUACUUUCAAUGCUGCCAUACAGUUUGUUUCACUAGUUACCUAUCCCUAAAGCUCUCUAACGCAGUUCCUAAAAGUUUCCAUUUAUAUCCCGUUUCAGCCUCCACCAUAUUGGUACAGUUUUUACGCUCUAGGGAUUCAUCUGUAUUUGGCUGCUGUACAUGGGAAAGUGAACAACAGUUUAGUGUUAUUAGAGAAGCCUUUGAAACUGCAGCUUUAAGUCAAAACAGAGACUUUAGUUAA